AUGUCGUCUAACGAAGAAGGGUUUUUCUAUAGUGUUCAAAAUCUGUUAAAACAAGACUAUCGCGGCGUAAAUAUAGCUGUUUAUGCUCUCGCCACAGCCGGCUUAGCGGUGUCGAUACAUAAAAUACGUCCGGUUAGCAAGUUCUCAAAACCGAGUACAGUUCCUGAACACUUUAUAAGAAAUCAUGAGACUCUGAGAGGUACUUAUGCGGGUGUCCAACACUCGCCGCUCCGUGUAUUAGUGGACCAUAGAGCUCCUAUUUACUUACCUUUAUGGCAUUCUGCUAAAGCUCCUCUUCCAGUGAAGCUAUGGGGAGUAGAAGCAGUGAGUGGAAAUGCUGUAAAUUGGUUGGAAUGUGUGGCCAAAGGUCACAAAGUGACUUUGAAACUUAUCACAAAAGAAAAUGAUGAGCUGGUAUCCAGUGUGUCAUUGCAUUUACCUCAAUCACGGAAAAACACUGUGGAGACUCUUGAUAUUGCUGAAAGGCUCGUAGAGCUUGGUUUUGCUAAAGCAUUAGUUCCCAGCAAUAUCCAGAAAAAAACAAUAGAAUCAAAGUUGGCUCCAGCUUUGUUGUCUGCUGAGGCCCGUGCCAAGGACUAUCGGAAUGGUAUCUGGUCAGACUGUCUACCGCCCCUACCUUUUUAUGUUGUCUACUGGAGGAAAGGAUCACAGAAAGGUGCAGAAUUACUCCUUCUAACAUCCAAAAUGUUGUUCAAACUAAUAGCAAGUGGAUCUAAAGGUAUCUAUGGAGGAGCGAAAAAGUUAGCUCUCAGACCCUUCAAAUCUAAGCAAGUACAAACUACAUGA